AUGGAACGUAAACUUUACUUCGGAGCAGAGUAGCAGUUGCAAAAUAAACAAUACAAUUACCCUACAAACUUUAUACAAACAAGCAGGUACAAUCUAAUUACUUUCCUUCCAUAUUCAUUAGCAUUGCAAUUCUAGAGAAUGGCUAAUAUUUAUUUUCUUAUCAUUGCAAUAUUGUCCUUUUUCAAAUCCAUAUCUCCCUUUAGUCCAAUAAAUUCAAUUGCGCCUUUACUCUUUGUGGUUUCUUUGUCCAUGUUAAGAGAUGGGUACGAAGAUUAUCAGAAACAUCUGAGUGAUAACGAAUUAAAUUCAUCUCCAACUACAAUUUGGAGUAAUGGAGGUUUCGUUAAAAAAACAUGGAAAGAUGUACUAAUAGGGGACAUAAUAAAAAUUGAUGAAUUGGAAAUUAUUUCAGCUGAUUUAGUUGUUUUAUAAACAUCGCAAGAUGGGAUAUGUUUUAUUGAGACAUCCUCUUUGGAUGGGGAGAAGAAUUUGAAACCGAAAUAGGCAGUAAAAGAGACUCAAACAAUUGAAUGCAGACAAGGAAUAAUAGAGUGUAUAAACCCAAACCAAUUGCUUUAUAAUUUUGACGGUACACUGUUUUUGGAGAGCAAGAAGAUUCAAUUAACUCAUAAGAACUUUUUAUUGAGAGGAUCAAAACUGAAGAAUGUCAAAUGGGUAAUAGGUGUGGUGGUUUAUACAGGAAUCGAUACCAAAGUGAUGAAGAACUCAGAGGACCAAAAAAAUAAAAUGAGCAACAUAGAUAAAUUGAUCAACGUCAGAAUUAUCUACAUCUUAAUUAUGCAAGCAUUCAUUUGUUUAAUUUUGGCAAUAAUAUAUGGAAUUAAUUGCGAUGUGAAGACCAUUAACUUUGAUUAUUUUAGCAGAAGCUUUUCUGGCUACACCUCUUAUCAUGGAGAAGAUGAAGUAUAUGCUCCAGACGUCCCAAAUUGUGCUGUGGCAUCUUUGAUGACUUUCGCUGCCUAUUUUCUACUUUUAAAUACUUUUAUACCAAUAAGUUUAAUAGUAUCUUUGGAAUUUGUCAAAGUAGGCUAGGGAAUAUUUAUGUAAAAGGAUGGGGAAAUGUACACUGCUGAAAAUGAUAAGUAUGUUAAAGUGUUCAGUACAACCAUUAAUGAGGAAUUGGGAUAGGUCUAAUAUGUAUUUACUGAUAAAACAGGAACUUUAACUUGUAACAAAAUGGAAUUCAAAAUAUCUGUCUGUGGAAAUGAGAUUUAUGGAGAUAUGUCCAUGUUUGAUAAGCAUGAAAUGAGCACUUUUGUUGGCAAUCAAAUAUUAAGAAGACAAAGCACUUUACAUUAAAGGAGAUCCACAGUUGUUAAUGAAAAAGCAGGCAUUGAAUACACAUUCUCUGGUGCAGUCAUUUAAUCCAUCAUUUCUGAAACUGAUCCCAAUAAGAACCCAAUCAUAGAUCUUAAUGUUGAUACCUAUUUGAUUAGAAAUCAAGGAGAUUUAGUCAAAGAAAAUCUGAUGUUGUUAGCCACUUGUCAUGAGUGUGUUCUUGAAUUUUCAGAUGAUGGCACAUUUAAUUACUAAGGACCUUCUCCAGAUGAAAUAGCAUUAGUAGAUGCUGCUCGAAGAUUAAAUAUUCUCUACAAAGGAAUUACGAUGGGCAUUAUGGAAAUAGAUGUUCUGGGAGUUAAGGAAAAAGUCGAACUCUUGUUCUCUUUUGAGUUUAAUAGUGAUAGAAAGAGAAUGUCUGUGAUCAUUAAGCAUAAGGGAGUGAUUAAACUAUAUACCAAAGGGGCUGAUGCUAUUAUCAAAUAAAGAUUGGGUCCAAAACAACCAUUUCUAGAGGGUAUUGAUAAAAAGUUGGAUAUGUUUUCAAGGAAGGGAUUGAGAACUCUAUGUUUGGCCAUGAGGGUACUUGAUGAAAGAGAAUUCAAUUAAUUUUCAUAAGCCAUGAAUGAUACUCUAGGUGGGAAUGACACUGAAAAAUAAUAAACUGAAUUGAUCAAUAAAAUUGAAACCAAAUUAACACUCAUUGGAGCUACAGCUGUUGAGGAUAAAUUAUAAGAAGAUGUUCCAGAAACAUUAGCAGACUUUCUUAAAGCAAAUAUAAAUGUGUGGAUGUUGACUGGAGAUAAGUUAGAAACAGCUGAAAAUAUUGGUCGAUCUUGCAAUUUGUUAUAAGAAUAAAUGGACGUUUUCACUUUAACUCCUGGCUGUGACAUCCUUAAUAUAUUUAAUCAAAUUGCAGAUCAUGUUAUAUAGAAACCUGAUACUAAAAGAGCUAUGAUUAUAGAAGGUAUUGUAUUGGCUGAAUUAAACGAAAAUGAAAAUCUAACCAAAUAUUUAAUAUUGCUAGCUCCUCAUCUUCAUACUGUUAUUUGUUGUCGUGUUACACCAAAAUAAAAAGCGGAUAUGGUGAGAUUGGUUAAGAAUGAACUCGGAAAGAUUACUCUAGCUGUUGGUGAUGGUGCUAAUGAUGUUAAUAUGAUUUAAGAGGCACACAUUGGUAUUGGAAUAUAUGGUCAAGAGGGUAUGAGAGCUGUUCAAGCCAGUAAUUAUGCUAUUGGUUAAUUCAAAUGUCUCUGGAAAUUAGUGUUAUAUCAUGGAAGAUAAAAUUACAUUCGUAUUUCAGAAAUGAUUUUAUACUUCUUUUACAAGAAUAUCAUUUUUACUAUCCCCCAGUUCUAUUUUGCCUUCUUUAAUGGAUUAACAGGAACAAGUGUUUUUGAUGAAUUCUUUGUCUCCUUUUACAAUACAGUGUUUACAUUCCUCCCGGUGGUAAUAAGAGCCAUUUUUGAUGAAGAUGUGUUCUAUACACAAUAAAGAAAGCAAACCAUAUUAGGAAGCAAAAAAAUUACUGAGGGAUAGGAGGAAAAUGAUAUACUUAGAUAGAGUUAUCCAUUACUUUAUUAUAUUGGGCAAAAAAACACUAUAUUUACAAGUGAAAAGUUUUUUAAAUGGUUUUCAAUUGGAAUAUUCUAAGGAUUGGCAUGCUUCUUUUCAUUCUACUUUGAAUUAAAUGAUACUACAUUUGUUAAACAAUCUGGAUAUAACAAUGAUUUAUGGUUCUUUAGUAUGUCCAUGUCAACUGCUAUCAUGAUUCUUGUUACAUUAAAGCUAGCAUUAAACACACAAUUUUGGACAAUCAUCACAUGGGUUGCCUACCUAGGAACCAGUUUAGGUACUUAUUUUGCCUAUAUGUGGGUGUCUAACAUUAUUCCAUCGUCUGCAAUAUAUGGAACAACAUAGAUGUUAUUUUCAAGCUAUGCCUUUUAUUUGAGUCUUGCAUUGUCUGUUUUGUCAAUGUUUAUUCUUGAUUUGUUGAUGUUCACAAUUAAGACAUCAAAGGAUACGCUACUUAACUAUAUGAAAAGAUAAGCUAGACAAAAGUAGCAAUUGGAUUAAGCUAAAAUAUUCAAGUUAGAGAAGAAGCUCAAGGAACAAAUUUCAGAAAUGGAAAUGCCAGACUUUGAAUUGCAUCAAAAAAGGAGCUUGAUUAAUUCCAAUCUCUCUCAGAGCCAAGGCAAUUUGAAAUAAAGUGCAAGCAAGGAUAAUUAUUUAUGA